UCAAAAAUGUUGUUCAUUAGUUUAAUAGUAAUCGCUUGUUUUUGUGCCCCGAAUACUAAUUCACAAUAUUUUGACUACAUCACAAUAAAGAUAUACAGAAAUGAUAAACCCGUAACUCUGCUUCAAGCCGACACAGUUAACAAUGAAGAAGAGGUGACAGAUGUAUCAAUAGAGUUCGAAAAAUUACCAAUUUUAAAGACAGGGACAUUCCAGAAUUUGAGCUAUUUAAGAAACGUCCAUAUCAACUCGAACAAUUUGGAAAUCUUGGAACCUCACUCUUUUCGCAACGUAUCCAAUUUGAGGUUGAUCAACUUGAAUUUUAACAGGAUCAAAAUAGUCCCGGAAAACGUUUUCGCAAAUCUAACCGUUUUCAAAAUAAGUUUGAGAGGAAAUUCUAUAACUACACUACAUCCGAAUGCUUUUUACAACUUAUCAGAUUUGGAAGUUUUAGAUUUGAAUUCCAACAAGAUCAAGGAACUACCACAAGAUUUGUUUUAUCUCACAAAUAAUAUCAGACAAUUUGAUUUGGGGUACAAUCAGUUCGGAAACUAUUUUGAUGAUUACAAAUAUUUCGAUGAAGCUUUAUCAAACAUCCAACGGUACCAAGAUUCUUUAUUGGAUUUAAGCUUCAAUAAUUUUACGGAAAUUAAUAAUAAUUUUCUAAGGGGUGUUCAAUUCGUUAAAGAAUUGUUGUUGAACAAUAAUAACAUUCGAAGGAUCGGUGAAAUGGCUUUAGACGAUUUGAGAUGGGCAGAGACUGUCGAUUUAGAAGGGAAUGAUCUAGAAGAACUUGACGAUAAAGUUUUAAGUGCUUUGCAAGUUGUUCAAAAUAUUAAUUUGCAAAAUAACCCUUGGUCUAAUAGCUUUGUUUGUAAAUACGAAAGGUGGUGUGAGAAGCAAGAAAUUGUGAACACUAUGGAUAUGGCUUGUAAUACCAGUGAAUACACUUAUUAAGAUGUGUUAAAUGAACUGUGAACUUAUAAAAUGAUGUAAUUAAAUUGAAAUGAGACAUUUCUACAUGUUUUUGUUUGAAUGAAAAAUAUUAUAAUAUGUAUAAAUUUGAAGACGUUGUGUCAAAGAGUAUUACGACCUGUGUAUGUGUAUGCUAC